UAUACUGGCCGUGUUUCUAUUUUUUAAAACUGACCCACCGCUUUGGGAGGGGCUCUUCUGUCAAAAAAAUGUGGAUUUUUCUGUGUUUAAUCAGCUUAUUUUUGUUGUUUCUAAAAGUUGGUUAUUUAGACCAACCCAACCGCAGACGAAGUAAGGAGGAAGAGAAGCUGCAAACCCGUGGAGAGCAUCACUCUUACAGUUUAGAUCUGCGGAUCUCAGCUAGUUUGGGUGUCCCGACCCGAUAUAAUGUGGUUUACAUAACUUUAAAUUCCAAGCGUCUUAAACCAACUCAUAUUGGAGGUGCGGUCAAAUCAAAGCUGAGGACCAAAAUGAGAAGAAAAGCGAUCUAUGCGUCUAUUACGCAGCGCAAACGACCCGGCUUGGAACCAAACGCAGGCCAAAUAAACGGAGGCGCUGCACUUCAGACAUUCUGGAAAGAAGGCUUUUCUGCAAAAUCUUCUAACGAUGGAACAGCCUCUCGUCCUGAUAGUAAUAUCAGAAUUUACAGCCAAAAAGCACCGCCAUGGUUCAGCGCAGAGGACAUUGAGAGCAUGCGCUUCCUUGCAGACGCUAAAGUUUUGCAAAUGAAAGAACUCGAUCGUACGGACGCGAAACCCCUUCUGAUGUUUGAGUCAGCGAGAAGGGGCACUCUGCUGUCCCCUAAACAGCUGAAAAGGACUAAUGCAUGUAGGGGCCAGUGCGGAAUUAUCCACAGCUCCGUGGAUAACACGGAGGUAUUUGCUUUCCAUUUGGAUAGGGUGCUCGGACUAAAUAGGACACUACCUGCAGUAAGCAGAAAGUUUGGCUCUUUGCACGAUAGCCAGGUCUACCAGGUGGUGCUAUGGGAUGCAUCGUUGUACCCUAAAGACCCAGCUAGUGUGAGGAUAACAUGGAGAGAGUACCAGAACUUCCUAACACAGAGGUGCUGGCAUAGAAACGGUAUCCCAAAGUCUGAUUCUGGGUGCUCAUCGAUUCAUUACAGCGAAUGGAGCAAAUUAGCUCUGUUUGACUUUUUGCUACAGAUUCACAACCGUCUGGAUCCAAGCUGCUGCGGAUUCAGGCCCCGGCAGGAAGAUGCAUGUGUUGGACACCCUGCUGCAUGUAAGAACCAGGAGAACUUACAACUGACAAACAUUUUCCACAGAGAACAUGAUCUCAGGCAUCUAGUCUUCAUGGACAACAAGGGGUACUUUGACCGCAAUGAGGACAACCUGGACUUUAGGCUGCUGGAGGGAAUUAAGGAGCUUCCGGAGCAGGCUGUGUCUGUAGUGAGGAUGAGGAAGCUGAGGGAAAGACUUCUCCAGUCACUGUUUCUGGACAAGGUGUAUUGGGAAAGCCAGGGUGGUCGAGAGGGCAUCGACAAGCUGAUUGAUGUUAUUGAGAAGCGAGCCAAGGUCCUUCUUGCCUAUAUCAAUGCUCACGGGAUCAAAGUUAUUUCAAUGAAUGAUUGAUUUUAUUGUAAAAGUUGAGGCUGUUUUUUAUUUACAUAAAUUAUUUAAAAUAUUCAGAUCUGCUUGUAAAUAGUUUAAAAGGGAAGAAAUCUAUUUGUUCUUUUUGUUUUUUACU